AUGACGCUGUUGGCGGCGGCGACGGCGGCGGCUUGCAAAUCCGCUUCUGCUGCUCGAAACGCCACGGUUGCAUCCCUCUCCCUUACUGGGAUACACGAGAUGACCGCAGUGGCGCUGGCGACAGCUGCUGACAUUCUGACAUUGAUAGUGACGACAAAGAUGGGCUGGCCAGUGGAAUCCCGCGCACCCGUAACGCUGCCCGAGGCCGACGGCUCCGACUCCGCCGUUGAACCGUUCAAUUCGGCUGGCAGGCAACUCAGUUGUAAUUACCGAGAGCGGGUCCGAUCAUGUGCGCGCCUCUCCACCGUGGGUGCGAAAUUUAACCUCGUUCCCCCGAAAAUCAAGUCGAAAUUCAACAGCACGCUGCACUGCAGUGCACUGUACACUCAGCUCAGUGCCCCGCCGCCGCGCACUCCAGGCGACGUCUUUGGAGAUGCGGUCUCGCCUGACUGUGACCGCGUGAAGCAGCCCCAGAUGCUAACUUAG